GGGAGCCUGUUGCGUGUGGCAUGGGCACUGGGGAUUAUAUCUGUGUAACGGUGCGCGGAGGCGCGCCCUGGGGCUUCAGUCUCUGCCAAGGAGAGGGGGAUGCCUACCGACCUUUGCAGGUUUAUCAGGUGGAAGAGGGAGGUCGUGCGUCCCUGGCCGGGGUUUGUGAGGGGGAUGAGGUGGUGUCGCUGAAUGGAGAACCCUGCGGUGACCUUUCCCUCCCAGAAGCUAUUGCUCUCAUUGACGCCUGCAUCAACUGCCUGCAAUUACUGGUCAAAAGAUGCUGUGCACUAACCCCCGAGGCAUUUAAUUCAGAGGAGACCUACUUUGGCACAAGGGAGUCCUCUGGUGAGGCUUUGGAAAGCACCAACCUCCGCAUCCUGUCCCUUUGCAGGCCCCAACCACCCAGAGAGCUCUACAUCGCUGAGUCCCAGGAUGAGACCUACUAUGGGGAGACGGAGAGUGACACGGAGGCCGCCAGAGGGACCCAUCUGGUCCGUACCCAGCUCUGCGGCCCAGAGUCCCAGUUACUCGGAGGGGGAGGGUACGGAGGUAGAGUAGGACCCCAGGGAGGGGGUUUCUCCCCAGGGGCAAUGGUGGAGCUCCAGUUGUCCCUCUCUGAACACACCCUGGAGGAUCCUGUCUGCACCUCCCUGGGGAGUGCUCUUGGAAUAGAGGGGGAGAUCCAGGCGAGAGAGGCCCUCCAGAACAAGGCCCUCCUCCAUACCACCACCCACUCGCUCUACGUCUGUGGCCCAGGUAGGGAGCCCCUAAGUCAGCAUGGAGUGGUGGAGAUCACCCUGCAGCAUCCCGCAGCCGGAAGGUGUUCUCCAUGUCUGGUAGAGGGGGAGGGUGCCUGUGGGGCCAGUGGAAAUGUUGGUGGAGCCCCCAGGGAGGAAGGAGCAGGGCAAAGCCAGGGAGCUCCUGCCUCCUUCACUGUCUCCUUCGGAAUUCCCAAAGAGGGUGCCGAGCCGGCAGAGGAGCCAGACUCGGAUUCGGAGAAGGACCUUGGGAAACCCAACAAGCACCGGGCCAGGCACGCCAGGCUCAGGCGCAGUGAGAGCCUGUCAGACAAGCAGGUGAAGGAGGCCAAGUCUAAAUGUAAGCGCAUUGCUAUUCUUCUGAACGCUGACGCUCCCAACCCCAACAACAAGGGGGUGUUGAUGUUCAAGAGGCAUCGACAGAGGGCCAAGAAGUACACACUCAUCAGCUACGGCACUGGUGAGAGCGAACCAGAGUACGAGGAAGACGACAGCGAGGAAGACUACGAGGAAAAAGACCCCCGAGCGAUCAAAUUUACCCUCUUAGCAAACACCAGCGAUUCAGAGCUUGACGAGGACUUCAUUACUAAUGCCCAUGGUGGAGGCAGAGUGAUAACCUGCGACUGGGACACGGGACUACUCAAUAUCGAGCGCAAGCUCAAUUCCGGAGAGGAGAUGGAGCAACUGCCCAACACCACGGGCAAGGGGGCCACGAUGUUUUCCCAGCGCCGCCAGCGCAUGGAUGAGAUCGCUGCCGAACAUGAGGAGAUGAGGCGCCAGGGGAUUCCUGUGGAGGGAGUGCAGGAGGUGGAGAAGCAUGCAGCCUACCAGCAGAUGGAGGAGCGCUCGUACAUGCAGGCCACCACAGAGAGCCAGGCCUACAUGGACGUGAACGUGCACCAGAAGCAGCAGCAACAGUAUCAGCAGUUCCAAGAACAGCAGUAUUACGAGCAGCAACAGCAGCAACAGCAGCAAUACCAGCAGCAGCAGCAAUACCAGCAGCAACAACAGUACGAGCAGCAGCAAUACAACCAGCAGCAGCAAUACCAGCAGCAACAACAGUACGAGCAGCAGCAGUACCACCAGCAGCAGCAAAUUCAACAGUACUCAUCUAACAUGAAUGGCGUCGCCAACCACCAAAGCAAUGAAAUGCAGAGUUCCAUGAGCAAUCGAACCCCCCAACCCUUCUCGGUACAAAACCAGGUGCCCGUCCCAUUUCUUACCCCAAUGAGUGGGAACAACCAAGAAGCGAUGAGUCAGGGGGAGCAGAUUGCCUCGCGCGACGAGCGCAUUUCCACGCCGGCUAUUAAGUCUGGGAUCUUGCAGGACACAAGGAACAGAUUCAAGGGCAAGCCAAUGUUCAAUUUCAAACAGGCUCCCAAAGUUCCACCCAACCCGGAGCUUAUGAAUCUCCUCAACAGGAGUGACAAGAAGUUGGAUUUCGAGUCAGCUACGGAAGAGGACUACCUUAGCUUGGGGGCUGAGGCUUGCAACUUUCUCCAGUCACCAAGGGUCAAACAUAAGACGCCUCCACCAGUCGCUCCUAAGCCCAUCAUUAAUCCCAACUCUCCGCCUUGGUCCCCUCAGCCUGAGCUGGCCAACCAGGAGUUGCCACUGCAUGCUGAAAAUAGUGUCCCCGCACCUGCUACAGCCUCCGAGCCGGAGUCCGCCCCUGCUCCAGAACUGGAUCCAACCCCUGUACCGGCCUCAGAACCCUCCCCCCCUCUUGCACCCCAGGAAGUUCCUGCCAACACCCCCUCUCCAGAAAAACACACAUGGAGUCCCCCAGGGUCCCAGGCAGAGCAGCAGCCCCAGCAAGCGCCAGCCUGGGGAAGAAAUGGACCUUCUCCACCUCAGCCUCAUUCACAACCCGAGCUUCAAGUGAGUUCUAAGGCUCCACCACAAACACAUGCACAAAAGCAGCCACAACUGCAGCCACCCGUGAGUACUUGGACACCUGCUGAAAUGAAGCCCCAAGCUCCAGCUCCAAGUCAGUCCCCACCACAGCUCCCUUGGGUGACUCCCCAACCUCCUCCUCCUCAGCCUCAAGCUCAGCCUCAGCCACCAAUUAAUUUUUGGGCUGCCCAGCCCCAAUGGGCUCAACCUCAAGAGCAAGCACAGGUCCAACCACCAUGGGUUCAGCCUCAAGAACAAGUACAGCAACAGCCCCAGUCACAUUGGGCUCAGCCUCAAGAACAAGUUCAGCAACAGCCCCAGCCACCAUGGACUCAGCCUCAAGAACAAGCACAGGCCCAGCCACCAUGGGUUCAACCUCAAGAACAAGUCCAGCAACAGCCCCAGCCACCUUGGGCUCAGCCUCAAGAACAAGUUCAGCAACAGCCCCAGCCACCAUGGACUCAGCCUCAAGAACAAGCACAGGCCCAGCCAUCAUGGGUUCAACCUCAAGUUCAGCAACAGCCCCAGCCACCAUGGGCUCAGACUCAAGAACAAGUUCAGCAACAGCCCCAGCCACCUUGGGUUCAGCCUCAAGAACAUGUACAGCAACAGCCCCAGCCACCAUGGGGUCAACAACCUCAGCCUCCACAACAGGCUUGGCCCCAGGCCCAGGCCCAGCCUCAGCCACCUUGGGUGUCAUCACCUCAGCCUCCAAUGAAUGCAUGGACACCACCACAGAGCCAGGCCCAGCCACCACAGCCACCUUGGGCCCAAUCAGCCCAACCCCAACCUACAGCUCAGCCCCAACCCCAUAUGAAUACAUGGUCCCAAGCACCUGCUCAGGCUCAAGCACCUGCUCAGGCUCAGGCUCAAGCACAGCUACCCAUUAAUACCUGGACCCCAGAUCAGAAUCAGGUCCAGCCACAGUCACAUUGGGCCCAAACAACUCCAACCCAAUCCCCAUCCCAGCAAUGCUGGCAACAGCCACCUCCACAGCAGAUACCCCCACAGCCACCUAUGAAUGCAUGGGCCCCGGCUCAGGCACAGCCUCAGACACACACAAGUACCUGGGCCCCACAACCACAGCAAACCCCAGUAAAUACCCAGACCCCGAUGGACAGAGUGGCUCAACCUUCUCCGAAACCUGGGAAUGCGCCACAAAAUGCUCCCCGUUCUAUUCCUCCACCUCGCCCACAGCGAAUGAAUUCUUACACGCUUGGAGAAAGGUCAUCGUCACCCCUCAUCAAUCCAAUGGCCAGCGUGUUGGUACCAGUGCGAGGCAUGGGCUCAGCUUUGUCGAUGCCGGCUGUUACAGGGAAAGGAGCUGAUUUGUUCGCCAAGAGGCAGUCUCGUAUGGAGAAGUAUGUAGUGGAUUCGGACACUGUGCUGGCAGCCACUGCACAGGCAGCCCAGCAAGCCCAGGCAGCCACUGCGCAGGAAAACAAGGCAAGGUCCACAUCGCCCUCUCCCUCCGUACCUCAUUCGUGGAAAUAUUCACCCAAUUGCAGAGCUCCCCCUACAUCAAAUUACAACCCCAUACAGUCCCCGUCCUACCCACCAGGGGCCAUUAAGCAACCCCCUCCAUCUAGCCCUGUGGCCAAAGCCAAGAAAGGGAAAGGCAAACCUGCCUGCAAACCCCUUGCUGUUAUAGAUGUCAUGAAACAUCAGCCGUAUCAGCUCAAUGCCUCCCUUUUUACAUAUGGCCCAGCAGUGGAGGCUGCCGAGGCUGCCAAGGCCGCUGCACCAAAGCCUGCCCCAGCCCCUGCCCCAGUCCCUCCAAACCAAAACCAAAACCAACCAAUCAGUUAUGAGCAACUUUCCCCUGUCCAGCCGGCUGGACCAAUGAAUUCUGCCUAUCCACAGCAGCCCCAGCAGCCCUAUGGGAUGCCCCCUCAACCACACAUGCACGAUAGUCCCUACCACCAAGUCCCACUUAAUGCUUACCAGCCACCUAAUAACCCCUACCAGCAAGCUCCUGCUGGCCCUUACCAACAACCAUAUAAUCCCCUUUACCAACAAGCCCCUCCAGCCGCUUAUCUACCCCAGCACCAUCCCCAGCCCCAAGCUCCAAACUCUUCCUACCAACCGACCCCCCAAGGUCCAUAUCAGCCAGCCCAUAGCCCCCCUUACCAAGCAGCACCCCAAGCUCCCUACCAGCCACUACCUCCCAGUACCUAUGUGGUCCCCAGCUUUCCGAUAGCGGCAAAGCCUGAGUCCAUCUCUGGGGGCAGCACCGCUCCAAAGCCCAGGUUCAUGGCCAAAAAGAGUUCAGCCCAGGUAUGGAAGCCAGCACCUGUGGAGAAAGAGUUUUUCCAGGAGUUUGGCCGGAGCUACAAACUGUCCCCACCCGCCGCCAAAGCACCAUCGCUGGGCCUCCGGUCAUCGUCUGGAUCCCCCUUUCCCUCAUACAAACCCCUGGUACAGGCCUCGGCUGCUCAGGCCCCCCCGGGGAGGCAGACGUCAUGGCUGGACAGGAGUCACAAGCCUCCUUCCCCCUGGGAGGCCGCAGCUCACCACCCCAUGGGCCUGGUUGACGAGGCCUUCGCCUUCCAGAACCUCCAGCAGGCCAUCGCCUUCAACGUUCGCUCGGCUGCCCAGCGCAAGCUCCUCCCUGAGCCCCCUGCCGAGUGGAAGGCUAGGGUGUCUGACGACCCUCCCAGGAAGACUGAGGUAUGGAACCCGAACCAAAGAUGGAACAAGAGACAGAGCUGGGGUCAGAGCCAGGGUCAGAGCCAGGGUCAGAGCCAGGAUCAGAGUCGGAGUUACAGCAGAGUUAUGCCUCCGUUCCUGUCCCCGACCAAGAGCAUAGCUUCGGCCCCCACUGGUCCGACUGGCUACAGGUCCCUGCCCAGACAGUGGCAGCCACAGAGGUCCCUGACGGAGACCAACAUCGGGCCCUCUGGGGCUAUUCAUGGGUACGGAAGGCCCCUUGGGGGCCAGCAGGAGCCGAGCUACAGAUCUGUGUACCACACUAACUGGAGCUGGAGACGCUAGAGGCAGACAAACAUGAUGGUUACUUCAUAACAAGACCAAAAAGUAACUCCAGGAUAUUCAGAUGAAGCUGGUAAUUGUGGCCAUAUAUAUCACCAUUAAAUAAAACUUGGGACAAUGGGAUAACACAUUGAUUGAGGAGAGUGAGGGGCUAGCUAUUAUGUUUGUGAUGUGUAUAGGAGAGAGUUUAAGAGGGAGGUCUGUUUUAGAUCUGCUUAUUCGGUUUCACUGAGAAUACUGCUAGGAGUAUACAGAUGAUGACAUUCCCGCACCAGAAUUUAGUUGAGAGAGACAAACUGUUGCAUUGCAUUCAAGUGCGCAUAAAUGCCAGACAGAUUAAGCCAGUAAAUGUUUUGGUAUUGGGGACACUGUCAAUGAUGGUUCUAUUUCAGCAAAUGGGCCACUAUUGAGUUGAACUUUAUCAAGUUUUCAUUGGACAAAAAUCAAUGAGUGAUUGACGGUGCAAUUCCACCCUUCUUUUUGCUUCAGAGGCUUUCAUUUCAUCCAACACUGUGAGGCGAUAGUGGCAUUCAAAGUAAGUGAAAUCAAUAGUAUUUCUUUAGAGGACGUAAUGGGCAUAAAGUAUGUUGUAAGGCAGAAUGUGUAAUUGGCAUGUAUAAAAAUGAAAGGAUAGGAGUAAUGAAUGGACAGGUACACUGAACAAAAUAUAAACGCAACAUGUGAAGUGUUGGUUCUAUGUUUAAUGAGCUGAAAUAAAAUAACCGAGAAAUGUUCCACAUGCACAAAAACUUAUUUCUCUCAAAUUUUAGUGAGCAUUUCUCCUUUGCCAAGAUAAUCCAUCCACCUGACAGGUGUGGCAUAACAAGAAGCUGAUUAAACAGCAUGAUUAUUACACAGGUGCAUCUUAUGCUGGGGACAAUGAAAGGCCACUCGAAAAUGUGCAGUUUUGUCACACAACACAAUGCCACAGAUGGCUCAAGGUUUGAUGUAGCAUGCAAUUGGCAUGCUGACUGCAGGAAUGUCCAUCAGAGUUUUUGCCAGAUAAUAUGAUGUUAAUCUCUCUACCAUAAGCCACCUCCAAGAUUGUUUUAGAGAAUUUGUCAGUACUUCCAACCGGCUUCACAACCGCAGACUACGUGUAUGGCGUUGUGGAGGUGAGUGGUUUGCCGAUGUCAACGUUGUGAACAGAGUGAUGUAUGGUGGAGGUGGGGUUAUGUUAUGGGCAGGCAUGGGCAGACAACGAACACAAUUGCAUUUUAUCGAUGGCAAUGUAAAUGCACAGAGAUACUGUGACGAGAUUCUGAGGCUCAUUGCUGUGCCAUUCAUCUGCCGCCAUCACCUUAUGUUUCAGCAUGAUAAUGCAUGGCCUCUUGUCACAAGGAUCGGUACAUGAUUCCUGGAAGCUGAAAAUUUGAGUUCUUCCAUGGCCUGCAUACUCACCAGACAUGUCACCCAUUGAGCAUGUUUGAGAUGCUCUGGAUUGAUGUGUUCCAGUUCCUGCCGAUAUCCAACAAUUUAGCACAGCCAUUGAAGUGAAGUGGUACAAUAUUCCACAGGCCACAAUCAACAGCCUGAUCAACUUGAUGCGAAGGAGAUGUGUUGCCCUGCAUAAGGCAAAUGGUGGUCACGCCAGAUACUGACUGGUUUUCUGAUCCACGCCCCUACCUUUUUUUUAAGGUACUGUGUCAGUGGCCAACAGAUGAAUAUUUGUAUUCCCAGUCAUGUGAAAUCAAAUAGAUUAGGGCCUAAUGAAUUUAUUUAAAUUGACUGAUUCCUUAUAUGAAUUGUUACUCAGUAAAAUCUUUGAAAUUGUUGCAUGUUGCGUUUGUAUUUUUGAAAAGUAUAUAUUUGUGUCAAAGACCUUGAAUGCUGUGUGAAGUAUACCUGCUAUGUUUGCUGUGCAUCAUACAGAUCACCCACUCUCACCAAUGAACACAAGGCAAGGCAAGUGUGAAAUUGCGGUGCAGUACAAUAAUGUGCGUCGACAAGCUAAAACCUAGUACGAUAGCGUUAGUUGAUAGGACACUAAAGCUGUGAGAAACACACAGCAUAACACAGGUGCUACGAUAGUGGUUGGUGGCGUUAGACACAAAAGGGUCAGGUUUGAUGGUUUUAUGAUGUUGAAGUUCAACUGUGGAUAUAUUUACAUUGCAUCCUGAUUUUUGUGGUGUUUGUGUACUCGCAUGUCUUGUCAAACUAAAUGUGUCAAUAUGAUGCUGGGAAAUGCUUAGGGAGUCAAUUAAAGCCAAGAAAACCAUUUUACAUCCAGAGCAAGGAGCUAUGGACACAGGGCUGAAUACUGAUCUGGGAUAUAAAUCACAUCUCAAACAUCCACAUAAAUCAUAAAUAUUUAGGUAAGUCCUUUAGAAGACUUUACAUAAAUAUAUCAAGGCCAAGAUUUUAACACUUACUGCAUAGUGAGAAGAAAUACUGCUGAUGCAUUAUGGGUCUAAACCAGGCUUAAAACUUGGGAAAUGGAUAAAUCUAUAACUCAGCAAGUUGGGAAGACAGGUUAUUAAGUACGCUCUCCACUUAGAGAUAUCAAUUCAUUAUUUUCUCUGGCUGCCUUUUAUGUACUACAUGAACAUGUGGCAGAGAACAAGGGUUGUGUCACAAAUGGCACCCUAUUCCCUAUAUAGUGCACUACAUUUGACCAGGGUAGAUCGGGGGCUCUGGUCAAAAGUAGUGAACUAUAUAGGAAAUGAAGGGGAGAGCAUCAAGCUCUCUAGUUUAUCUAACAGGACAUUCUUUCUCCUGCAAGAUAUUUAUCCAAGUGAUUACACUGUGGGCACCUGGAAAAAAUCAUCUCCAGGUAUGUAACAGUGUUAACACCAGGCACAUUAGAGAGAAUAGGGGGAUGGAAAUUAUGUUCUUGGACUUUGAUAUUUGCUGUUGUCCGUGGCUGGUGAGAAAUAGGCUUCGAGCAAAUAGAUAAUGUAGAAUAAAGUAGAAAAUGAAUGAUUGUAUGUUAAUUAUUUGGUCAUGGAUGUGUAUGAAGUUGAAAUUGUGAGAUACAUCACAUGCGUUGUCUGUGUUACUUAUUUCUUUCAUUAUUUUUCUCUCAUAGCAGGCCUACCAACUGUAUGUGUGAAUGCGAUGGAUCAAAUUCUGAAUGUUCAUGUAUCAUCUCUUAUUAUUGCAAGAUUUGAAAUUCUUGUCUCACAGAGUGAACACUAAUAUCUCUCUAUCAUGUGAUUUUAGAUGCCCACUGUAUUUGUGGCAUCAGCAAUGAUAUGUUUGAGUGAUAGUGAUGUAUUCAUGGUUUUUCUUUUUUGUUUAUUUUACACAAACACUUUCUGUCCAAACAAUUAGCUAAUGUCUGUUUGAACUGUAUAAUUCCGAAGUUCAAAGUGUUCUUUUCGUUGAUUUGGAUUUCUUCAUUGGAUUUCAGUAGGCUACUAUUCUGAGCUGUAUGAGGCAUAUUGGAAAAUAAAAAAGCAUUGGCCUACUGACUAAG